AUAACGAAUAAAUAACGUUGUGUACUUGUGUAUGUGUAUAUAAUUCUGUUAUUGUCAUUUGUUUUUCGCUCACAAUUUUUUUUUUUUUUUAUUGACUGAACCAUUUAUUUUCUUAUGACUUGCAUUAUUUUCGAUUGCAACACACUUUAAUACGGUCGUUCGUCGUUGUCGACAACGAAUUUAUAAAUAUUAAUUAAUUUGUUACAUACCACUAUCGUUGUAUUCUUGUGUGGUGCACUAUGAAUGCAUUAAAACGUUUAUGUCUGCCGUUGCUGGCUGUACUUGCGAUUACAGUUACGUUAGUUCAAUGUGAUGGCGAUUUGCUCAGGGUAAAACUCUACAAAGUUGAUAGUGUACGUAAGCAGCUCAGAGGAAUUUCCAAUUCUUUUGAUCAGGUCCAAAGUCGCUAUAAUCCACUCAAUGCCGAACCUUUGUCUAACUAUUUAGAUGCUCAAUACUAUGGACCGAUCACAAUCGGUACUCCCCCUCAACCCUUCAAUGUGGUAUUUGACACAGGUUCAUCAAAUCUGUGGGUACCAUCGAAGCAAUGUAGUGUUUUGAACAUAGCGUGCAUGUUACAUAACAAAUAUAAUAUGGCCAAAUCAACUACAUAUCAAAAAAAUGGAACUGAAUUUUCAAUUCAUUAUGGUUCAGGAAGUUUAUCGGGCUACUUGUCUACUGAUGUCGUUUCUAUGGAUGGAAAUUCAAUUAUGAAUCAAACUUUUGCUGAAGCAAUUCAAGAACCAGGAUUAGCUUUUGUUGCUGCCAAGUUUGAUGGAAUACUUGGUUUAGGAUACAACACAAUUGCUGUUGAUAGAGUUGUUCCUCCAUUCUACAAUAUGGUUAAUCAGGGUAUUGUUAAAAAUGCCAUAUUUUCAUUUUAUUUGUCCAGAGAUCCGUCCAGUACUCCAGGUGGUGAAAUAAUAUUUGGUGGAUCUGACCCUGAAAAGUAUACAGGACCCUUUACUUAUGUUCCUGUUACCAGACAUGGUUAUUGGCAGUUUGGUCUUGAUGAAGUACUUGUUGGCAAUACAUCAAUUGUGAGUGGAGCGCUUCAAGCAAUUGCUGAUACUGGCACCAGCUUGAUUGCUGGACCCGUUGAUAAUAUUAAACAAAUCAAUGAACUCCUUGGUGGUACUGCUAUACCAGGAGGAGAAUAUAUUAUUGGAUGUGAUCAAAUUGAUAAUUUACCUGUGAUAUCAUUUGUAAUUGGUAGCACAACAUUUAAGCUUGAAGGAAAAGAUUACAUAUUGAAGGUGUCCGAAUUUGGAAAAACCAUGUGUAUAUCUGGUUUUAUGGGUAUUGACAUUCCUCCACCAAAUGGUCCAUUGUGGAUAUUAGGAGAUGUCUUCAUCGGUCGUUAUUAUACCGAAUUUGAUCUAGAAAACAACAGAGUUGGUUUUGCCAAUUGUAAAUAAGAGGUUUAGUAUCAAUAUAUACUAUGACCAAACUUGGUUUUGUAUUAUGCAAAAUGAACUGAAUGAGUAAAUCUCUAUUUUAUUUUAACGUUUUAAUAUUUGUUCUUUAAUUAUCAAUUUAUUAGAACUUUCAUACAAUAGUCAGGGAUGAUCUUCAAAAAAAUGCAUAAUGGGGUUUGUGCUUACUAAGUGUUAACUAACAACUGAAAGUCUAAUAUUACUUUCAAGUAGAGAGUGUCACUCUUGCACAAUCCCUUUUUCACCUUUUUGUUUUGUCCCUGACUUUAGUGAUAUUUUUCAUGUCAUAAAAAUAUAUUUUCUGUAUUUAGAUAAUAUGUAAAAUAAAUGAUUUACCUAUUUGUAA